GGGGUUUAGGGAAAAGAGGACGGCCAGGUAUUUGUGGAGAAAGGAAGAAUGGCGGCCAGUGGAGCACGAAGAAUCUUCCAAUACUCUUCAUCGUCUUCCUCGAAGACCCUUUUCUCCGGUGCCAGCUUAGCCGGAAAUGGAGGGACUUCUCCUUUCGCUAAGAAAGCCUCCAAGCUGACUGGGCUGUCUCCUCCUAAGCCGAGCUCUUCUUCCCCGCUCUCACACCCUAGGCUCGCCUUUUCCAGGCUUCCUGUGGAGCUAGGCGGUGCUCUCACUUUGAUGCCGUUGCAUAGUGCCACUUCAUCUGCAUUGUUCACUUCGUUGCUAUCCUUGCACAGCCAAAGCUGGGGCUGUCUAUCAGAAGGUUUUGCGACACCACUAUAGCAUGGCCAGUGGACUUGUCUGAUACCUGCCGGUUACAUCAGUGUCGCGGUAGAGAUAUGUUUGUAGCUCACUUCUUUCUUACUGCUUUCCUUUCUCAAUAGUCAACCCUGGAUUUGUACCAAGGAAGAAGAGUGUGUUUCAUUUGGCAUUCUGACAAUGCUCUCAAGAAAGAACAGCUUUUGGAAUAACCAGCUGCUGGUCGAAUCCGUUUAAUUUUGAGAACACUCGCCUAGUUUAUGACCCUUAUCUUUUUCGAGUUGGGUACUCAUUUCUCUGUAUUCUGUCGAUCGAUGAGAAGAUGACAUUUUUAUGUCUCCAAACUCCAGCUGAGUUGUUACUGUUGUUUUUGAAUGUUGAGCUGGUAGCCACAAAUCCUGGCAAUGAGCGGUUAGGCGGGAACUGGCAGUAGUCACAUCAGCCAACUUGAAGCCGGCCGCCCACCGGCCUGUUUGAGACAUUAUUUAUAUUUACGUUUUUUUGUUUUUUAAUGUGAGAAUAAUUAUUUUAAUUUGAUAAUAUAUAUAAAUAAUUG